CCGCAGCCGGAGGUGGCUGCGGGUGACCCAGGAUCAGGCUCAGUCCCUGCAGCCCCACUGUCUGCUGUGCCAUUCCCUGCCUCUUCCAAGCUUUAACCGUGCGUGGGGAAUGUGACCGGGAUUGAGCGUGUCACCGGAAGUAUGGAGACCGUGGUGAUUGUGGCCAUCGGGGUGCUGGCCACCAUCUUUUUGGCCUCCUUCGCGGCCUUGGUGGUGGUGUGCCGGCAGCGCUACUGCCGGCCUCGGGACCUGCUGCAGCGCUAUGAUUCCAAGCCCAUUGUGGACCUCAUUGGGGCCAUGGAGACCCAGUCUGAGCCCUCGGAGUUGGAACUGGACGAUGUUGUCAUCACCAACCCCCACAUCGAGGCCAUCCUGGAGAACGAAGAUUGGAUUGAAGAUGCUUCGGGUCUCAUGUCCCACUGCAUUGCCAUCUUGAAGAUCUGUCACACGCUGACGGAGAAACUUGUGGCCAUGACAAUGGGCUCGGGGGCCAAGAUGAAGACAUCUGCCAGUGUUGGUGACAUCAUUGUGGUGGCCAAGAGGAUCAGCCCCAGAGUGGAUGACGUGGUGAAGUCCAUGUACCCGCCACUGGACCCCAAACUCCUGGAUGCACGGGAGCGUGGACUGAGCCGCCGGGCCUCUCAGUGUGGCUGGGGCUCGGCAUCGCCCGCACGCAUGAACACCCGGAGAUGGGCCCCCCGGAGGUCGCGAUGCCCACUGGGCAUCCUGCUGCUGGCCUCUCUGCUCGCCUCCUGCCAGGCCAAGGUCUACAGCCGUUGUGCUCUGGCCAGAGUGCUGCAGGAUUUCGGCCUCGAGGGAUACCGGGGGUACAGCCUGGCUGACUGGGUCUGCCUUGCUUAUUACACAAGUGGCUUCAAUACAGCUGCCGUGGACCACGAGGCCGAUGGAAGCACCAACAACGGCCUCUUCCAGAUCAACAGCAGAAAGUGGUGCAAAACUCUCAAUUCCGAGCUCCCUAAUUUGUGCCAGAUAUACUGCAAUGAACUGUUGAAUCCUAAUCUCAAGGACUCUGUUAUCUGUGCCAUGAAGAUAGUUCAACAAGCCUCGGGAUUGGGUUCCUGGGAGACCUGGCGGCAUCACUGCCAGGGCAAGGACCUCAGCGACUGGGUGGACGGCUGUGACGUCUAGGACCCACUCUGCAUGAGCCCGGCCACACAGCGAGCUGAG